AUGAGGCGGCCAAUCAGAAGCCCUGGAGAGAGACAAGGCACCACUGGCACUCCAGGCACCAAGCCCCCUGGCACUCCAGGCACCAAGCCCACUGGCACUCCAGGCACCAAGCCCCCUGGCACUCCAGGCACAAAGCCCACUGGCACUCCAGGCACCAAGCCCCCUGGCACUCCAGGCACCAAGCCCCCUGGCACUCCAGGCACCAAGCCCACUGGCACUCCAGACACCAAGCCCACUGGCACUCCAGGCACCAAGCCCCCUGGCACUCCAGGCACCAAGCCCCCUGGCACUCCAGGCACCAAGACGACUGGCACUCCAGGCACCAAGCCCACUGGCACUCCAGGCACCAAGCCCCCUGGCACUCCAGGCACCAAGACGACUGGCACUCCAGGCACCAAGCCCCCUGGCACUCCAGGCACCAAGACGACUGGCACUCCAGGCACCAAGCCCCCUGGCACUCCAGGCACCAAGACGACUGGCACUCCAGGCACCAAGCCCCCUGGCACUCCAGGCACCAAGCCCCCUGGCACUCCAGGCACCAAGCCCACUGGCACUCCAGGCACCAAGCCCACUGGCACUCCAGGCACCAAGCCCCCUGGCACUCCAGGCACCAAGCCCCCUGGCACUCCAGGCACCAAGACCACUGGCACUCCAGGCACCAAGACGACUGGCACUCCAGGCACCAAGCCCCCUGGCACUCCAGGCACCAAGACCACUGGCACUCCAGGCACCAAGACGACUGGCACUCCAGGCACCAAGCCCACUGGCACUCCAGGCACCAAGCCCCCUGGCACUCCAGGCACCAAGACGACUGGCACUCCAGGCACCAAGCCCCCUGGCACUCCAGGCACCAAGACGACUGGCACUCCAGGCACCAAGCCCCCUGGCACUCCAGGCACCAAGACGACUGGCACUCCAGGCACCAAGCCCCCUGGCACUCCAGGCACCAAGCCCCCUGGCACUCCAGGCACCAAGCCCACUGGCACUCCAGGCACCAAGCCCACUGGCACUCCAGGCACCAAGCCCCCUGGCACUCCAGGCACCAAGCCCCCUGGCACUCCAGGCACCAAGCCCACUGGCACUCCAGGCACCAAGCCCCCUGGUACUCCAGGCAUCAAGCCCACUGGCACUCCAGGCACCAAGCCCACUGGCACUCCAGGCACCAAGCCCCCUGGCACUCCAGGCACCAAGCCCCUGGCACUCCAGGCACCAAGCCCACUGGCACUCCAGGCACCAAGCCACUGGCACUCCAGGCACCAAGCCCCCUGGCACUCCAGGCACCAAGCCCCCUGGCACUCCAGGCACCAAGACGACUGGCACUCCAGGCACCAAGCCCCCUGGCACUCCAGGCACCAAGACGACUGGCACUCCAGGCACCAAGACGACUGGCACUCCAGGCACCAAGACGACUGGCCCUCCACCAAGUAG